AUGUACAUCGGAGUGAUGCUCAACGUGUGGCUCUACGGUUUCUCGAUCGUACAAGCCUACAUCUACUAUGUCAACUUCAAGAACGACAAGCCUUUCAUGAGGUACUUCGUGCUCUUCCUCAUGCUCGCCGAUACCAUCAACGCCGUGUUCGACCAGGUGUUCAUGUACCAAUACCUGGUCUCCAACUUUGGCAACCUCAACUACGCGGCGAGGAGCAACCGCGCAUUUGCUGCCGACCCGGUGCUCACCGGUAUCAUCGCCUUUUCCACGCAGAUGUUCUUCGCGUGGCGUGUGUACAAGCUGAUGCACUCCAAGGUUAUGCCUGCGCUGAUCGCGACGGGUGCGCUGGUAUCGUUGCUCAGCGCCAUUGGUACGACGGUGGGUGUCGAGAUUGUACUCUUCUUCCAAGAGUUCCAAAAGUUCCAGGUAGUGGUCAUCUUGUGGCUCGGCUUUGCUGCGCUCACCGACGUGCUCAUCACGGGCUCGCUCGUGUUCACGCUCAACAAGUCGCGAACCGGUUUCGCCGCAACGGACGACGUGAUCACCAAGUUGAUCAAGUCGACACUCCAGACGGGUGCGCUCACCACCGCUUUCGCCGUGAUUGACCUGAUCCUCUUCGUGGCUUCAACUACGACGCUGCACUUGGUGUUCAACCUGCCGCUGGCCAAGCUGUACGUCAACUCGCUGCUCUCUACUCUCAACGCGCGCGUCAUCAUCGGUCAAGGCACUCAGCACUUUACCAUGGAGGGCUCCAACAGCGACAAUGCUCGUCGUGGCAUCUCGACACGAACCAAGCGCUCCAACGUGUUCCGUCCUGGUCAGAACAAGCAGCCCACCAUCAUCCACACGCAGGCGUCUCACCAGGACGACGACGUGGAGAACGGUCUGAGCGCUUACCCUAGCCAGGACCACUUUGAGACGGGCAUCCACAUCAAGACGAUCGAGGAGACGUUCGAGGAGCGACACCAGGGCGACGAUCUUCGAAACUACCCCAGCUCGCACAACGACUCGUUGCCUGCGCUCGAAAAGAGCCGUGCGGACAGCGACUCGCUCUGA